CCAGCCCGUGCAAAUACCCGAAGGUCUUCUUUGGUGGCUAAGGCAGCAGAAAACUUUAUCCGCGGCUCUUCGCCACCGCCGCCCUUUAAGGUGGUUUGGACGCCUUUGCGCAAAAGCCUCUGCGUUUCGCUCGGCUGAAGAAUCCUAUUGGGAAAAGGCUCCGGUGGGCUCAGCUUUGGAUAAUCUCCGUAGGAGAGGGAAAGAGAGGGGGGCGAGCCGUCGUGAGUGGACUUACCCCCUGCCCUGCAACUCCGUCUAUUAAGUUAAAACAAAAUAUUCGUCUUUAAGAUAGCUGCUUAAAGAGAAUAGAAUGCUCUAAUUAUCGGACGUUGGGUUCUUAUGUGUGGCUUUGGCCGUUCUCUGGCUCUUUUUUCUGAAAACAGCCGAGGUGAUGAUGAUGGGAGACAAAUUGAGCUCCAGCCUUUCCGAGUUUGAAGAGCCACAAAUGAAAACCGAAAUGUAGGCUAAUUUUCCAGUGCCUAGCCUUCACUAACCUCUUGCCUGAGAUGAACAGUAAUAGAAUUUCAGUGACCUAGCAGCAGUUUUUGGCUACAGUGAUUUAGAGUGAAGGGAACUGCUUGCACCAUGUCAGAAUUCUGGUUAAUUUCGGCACCUGGAGAUAAGGCAAACCUAAUAGCCUGGGACAGGAUGAACACAGUGACUGCCAAAGCCAACCUGUCCUGCAACAGCAAGUUCAUCAUCCCUGACCUCAAGGUGGGGACCCUGGAUGCUCUCGUUGGCCUCUCAGAUGAGUUGGGGAAACUUGAUAGCUUUGCUGAAAGCGUAAUAAAGAAAAUUGCCCAGUAUAUUGGAGAGGUUAUGGAAGACUCAAAAGACAAAAUGCAGGAAAACCUGCUGGCAAAUGGAGGAGCGAAGGCUAAACUGCAAUGUCUAAAGAUUGACCUGAUCAGUUAUCUGAUGAGGUUUGAGUGGGACAUGGCUAAGUAUCCCAUAAAACAGCCACUGAAGAACAUUUCAGAAGCAUUAGCAAAGCAAAUUACACAAAUAGAAACAGACAUGAAAAACCGAGCAGCUGCGUACAACAACAUCAAAGGAAAUCUUCAAAAUCUGGAAAGGAAAACUGUGGGAAAUCUUUUGACACGUACUCUAACGGAUAUCGUGAACAAAGAAGACUUUGUGUUGAAUUCAGAGUAUCUCAUCACUCUCCUUGUUGUAGUUCCCAAAUCAAGCUAUGUACAAUGGCAAAAAACCUACGAAUCGCUCUCUGAUAUGGUGGUUCCUCGCUCUACGAAGAUGAUUACUGAAGAUGCAGAGGGAGGACUCUUCACAGUAACACUAUUCCGAAAAGUGAUCGAUGACUUUAAAGCCAAAGCAAGAGAGAACAAGUUCAUGGUGCGGGAGUUUUAUUACGAUGAGAAAGAAUUGAAAAGCGAAAAGGAAGAAAUGAGGAAGUUGGCUUCUGAUAAGAAGCAACAGUAUGGUCCACUAUUACGUUGGUUAAAGGUGAACUUCAGCGAAUCAUUUGUGGCCUGGAUUCACAUAAAGGCUCUUAGAGUUUUCUCAGAAUCUGUCCUCAGGUAUGGCCUACCAGUGAAUUUCCAAGCAAUGCUAAUUCAGCCCAACAAGAAGUCCACAAAGAGACUGAGAGACGUCCUUAAUGCGGUCUUCAAACAUCUGGAUGAAGUAGCAGCAGCCAGUAUAAUGGAUACUUCUAUGGACAUUCCUGGCUUGCAACUAGGCAAUCAAGACUACUAUCCUUAUGUCUGUUUCAAGAUUGACCUCAGUAUUCUUGAGUGCAGCUAAUAAUUGCCUGAAUUGGAAGCAUCAUUUGUCCUCUAGGAUUCGGUUGUUCACGAACAAUGAAACUGAUGUGGCAAGCACCUCCGGCUCCAAGCUGCUUUUUUAAGAACCCAAGUUCUGAGGGGACCGUGCGACAGGUGCCUUUUCUCAUGCAGGAGGAUUAAAUAACUGUAAGCAAGUGUUCAUUUGUAGUUCCCAGGUUUUGCCUGCUUUUACAAAUACAGUAAUUCUGCCCUCUUCCAUUUUGAAAGUAUUAAGAUUCUGGAGCCUCUUCUGAUCAUGUUAGAAAACAUGCUUCACAAGGCAGUUGUGUUACAGUUGUAUUUAUUCUUCUUUUUUUGUAAAUUAAAUAAAAAUGAAGCAGUAUCUGAUGGUUAAGAUGAUAAAAGUACUCCUAAAUCUGUAACAGUUGGAAUCAGUCAACAAAGGUACAAACUCUUGCAUGAAAGUUAAUCGGUAGAUCAGAUUCUUAAUUUAGAAUUUAAUUUUGGGGAUGGGUGAGCUGUUUCAGUGUAGGACUUGCAAUAAAUAAGAUACUUAAUCCCUCCACUAAUCUAAUGUGUGGUGAAAAGGAGAAACUUGGCUGGCAAUAGA